AUGCCGCGACACCUGCUGCAGGAGUCCGUCGACCGCCUGGCCGCGAUGGCCGCACCGCCCGCGGCCAUGGCCGGCGGCGGCGGGGCCGUGCACACGGACACGCUGCUCAUCCUGACGGCGGUGUUCUGCUUCCUUCUCUGCGUGGUCGGGCUGGCCCUCGUCGCGCGGUGCUCACGGCUCUGCAACCCCUCGGUCUUCUCCGACGACGCGCCGGGGGCAAUGGUGUCCAAGGCGUCGUACAAGGGGAUCAAGAAGAAGGCGCUGCAGCUGCUGCCCACGGUGUCAUGGAGGCCAGAACACGGGGAGAAGGGCGAGGAGGUGCCGGAGUGCGCCAUCUGUCUCGCCGAGUUCGCGAGCGGCGACGAGGUGCGCGUGCUCCCGCCGUGCGGCCACGGCUUCCACGUCGCCUGCGUCGACGUCUGGCUCCUCUCCAGCUCCACCUGCCCCUCCUGCCGCCGCGCCCUCGUCGUCGUCGCAGCGCCGCCACCCGCCGAGCCUCCCGCGACGUGUUCGUGUGCCCCCGCGGCGCAGGUCUCGUCCACCGCCCGCUGCUGGCCGUCGGCGCCGUAG